AUGGUUUUCUAUCCCCGUGCUGCAACUAAUUCUGCCUUAAUAGAAGGNCGGGGUGGCAGCCUACCUGGACAGACACAAGAAGGAAGUUUGCCCUCAAAACAAGAAGACUACGGUGAAGGGGAGCCUGAUGAAACUGCAAAUAAUCAGAACAUGCUUAACUCUAAUGAUGAUUUUUUUGAGAGUGAACAAGACAACAACUAUGGGUAUUUUGAAAAACCUGAUGGAAGUGCCACAGGUGUCCGCUUUCGCAAGCCUGGGUUAGCUGUAAAGCUACAACCAGAAGAGGAUAGACCAAAGAGCCACUUCAUUGCCUAUUUCUUUACAGUGGUGAUCCUCUGUAUUGUGGGAUAUAUUGUGUUCCACAACAAGCAAAAGAUAAUUGCCUUUGUAGUUGAGGGUAGAAACACAAAAACCAGACGGCCAAACAGUAAAGACUACAGCAGGUUAGAGUCAAAUGUUUCUGAAGUUCUUCCAGAGGGUGAAAAACCACCGCCAGGGGGAUAUGUAUACUAACUGUAUCACCUGUCCAUAAGUUAACUUUCCCAAGAGAAUUCUGGAACGCUUUUUGCUCCUUAGAGAUAUUUAACUUUUCUUGUUUUACUGUGAUUAGUUUCAUCUUAAAGGUUGGUCAUCUGUUUUGACAAUGUUCACUUGUAAACAAGAGAAAAUAUGGCAAAUUAUCUUGAUGCUUGAAAUCUAGUGUCAGACCAAAUAUUUAUUUUUUUAUCUUUUUGGAAUUAUGUAGUAUUUAUUGAUCUGGAAGCUUUAAAAUUCUAAAAAUUCAAAUACAUCUGAAUUAUAUAAAUGAAAAGUAUAAAUUAUAAAAUGCAACACAAGGGCAUCAAUAUUUUAUUCCAGAAAAGGAGGCAGCGUUCUUUAAUGAUAAUGAUAUGAUAACAUGAUAAUGAUAACAGUGUUUUAUGGCUAUCCUUUAUUUAUUGGAGUUCAGUAUUGUGAUUCUCCUCCCAUUAUUUUCAUACUUCAGAAAUGUGAUGAAUUGGAGGUAAAAUCUUCUUUUUGGGGAAGGCUGUCACAUCUAGCACAAUCACUUUCAGCACAAUCACGUCACUCACAACCAAUAUGUCAAGUCAAAUAAAUUCAAUACAGUAAUAACUGAUUACUUCUGCCAGUGAAGUUUUUUUUUUUUUUUUUUUUUUAUUUAUCUAUUUAUUUAUUUGUGUUUGUUAGUGGACAAGAAAUCUCAAGUAUUAUUCCACAAAAUUUUGAUCAUUUUCAGGGUGGACAGAUUUUAGAAGUUUUGUUGGUUGUAUCAUUCAGUAGUUAUCUUCUCCAUAUGGUCUUAUAGUACUCUCUAGUUUUAGAAUUAGUAAUUGAGCUUCCUUGUUCCCACAUCAAGAUAAACAUAAUCAAUUUCCUGAGUUUUUAACAUGCAAGUUUAUUCACUUUCAGCUAUUCUUAAGUCAGUGGAGGCAGUGUAUGACUUAAUAUUUAACACUUUCUUACUGUAUUUGUUUUAUUUGAAAGGGAAAUGUGGCCAUAUUCAUUUUAAAUGUGUGAGGAUUUAUCAGUGGGUAUAAUGUUAUGAACAUAUGUUAUGCCUUAUGUUAUCUUGCAUAUAAUAACUGUUUACAAGAGUGAAAGUUAAGGUGUUUGGACAGAGUUAGUGUGGUUUAAUUUUAAUUUGGGUUUCAGUUAGUGACCAUAGCUAGUUCAGAUCAAAAUUUUAACACUAUCCUUAGAAACCAGUGGCAUUUAUUUUUUUUUCACCAGUUUCUUUGUGUAUAACAAAUAUAUGAGCAAAUAGGGAGUUAUGUCUGUACGCAAACUUUCAAUUUGAGAUUUCCUUUUAUUUUCUCAAUUUUAAAAAAAUUAUGUGUGCAAUAUAAGCAAAGAAUCUUAAGAAAGGUAUAUGGCUGAUCGCUACUUCACAUGCAGUGUUCAAAUAAAUAAAUAAAUAAGUAAAUAAGUAAAUAAAUAAAUA